UUUUGUACCAAACCGGCUGGAACAGGACAUUCCAGUAGUUUAGCUCCUGCAAAAAAGGGCACCUAACACUGCCCCUCCCCCACCCUUCCACCCCAGUAACCCCGCCAAAUUAGAGGCCUGGACUUAAUUUACGAGAAAGGCCCUGUAACCCAGGAUACUGACUGAGCAGGGCUGGCAGGCUCAGACUGGGGUCUGCAGUUCAGCAUCAAUGGGCCGCUGACAUGAAUAUGGAAGGGUUUUCUCUAGCAAAGCUUUCUAGAUACACGAAAAGCCUAUUUGUUCUCUUCCUUCCACACCAGCAGCUUUCAUUUGCUCGUAUCCCAGAGUGAUGUGGGCCAUGGAGCCAGGCCAGCUCCUCUGGGCUCUGCUGUUCGUGCAAUCCUUAUGGCCCCAACAGACUGAUGGGGCCACUCGAGUCUACUACUUGGGCAUCCGGGACUUACAGUGGAACUAUGCCCCUGAAGGAAGGAACGUCAUCACAAAUGAGUCUCUGGAGAGUGACACGGUAGCUUCCAGCUUCCUUAAAUCUGACAAGAAUCGGAUAGGGAGAAGCUACAAAAAGACUGUCUAUAAGGAAUACAAGGAUGAUUCAUACAUGGAUGAAGUGGCUCAGCCUGCCUGGUUGGGUUUCCUGGGGCCAGUGUUGCAGGCUGAGGUGGGGGAUGUCAUUCUGAUCCAUCUGAAGAAUUUUGCCACACGUCCCUAUACCAUCCAUCCCCAUGGCGUUUUCUAUGAGAAGGACUCAGAAGGCUCCCUCUACCCAGAUGGCUCCUCUGGGCAUCUGAAAGCUGAUGACUCAGUGCCUCCGGGAGGCAGCCAUGUGUACAAUUGGACUAUUCCAGAAGGCCAUGCACCCACUGAUGCUGACCCAGCAUGCCUCACUUGGAUUUACCAUUCUCAUGUAGACGCUCCACGAGAUAUUGCCACUGGUCUCAUUGGACCCCUCAUAACCUGUAAAAGAGGAACCCUGGAUGGGAACUCCCCUCCACAGCGGCAGGAUGUGGACCAAAAUUUCUUUCUGCUCUUCAGUGUGGUGGAUGAAAACCUUAGCUGGCAUCUUGAUGAGAACAUUGCCACUUACUGCUCAAGCCCUGCCUCAGUGGAUAAAGAAGAUGAAGGCUUUCAGGAGAGCAACAGGAUGCACGCAAUCAAUGGCUUUGUCUUUGGGAACUUACCAGAUCUGAGUAUGUGUGCUCAGAAGCGUGUGGCCUGGCACUUGUUUGGCAUGGGCAAUGAAGUAGAUGUCCACACAGUUUUCUUCCAUGGACAGAUGCUGACCACCCGUGGACACCGUACUGAUGUGGCUCACAUCUUUCCAGCCACCUUUGUGACUGCUGAGAUGGUGCCCCAGGUACCUGGCACAUGGUUAGUUAGCUGUCAAGUGAACAGUCAUUUACAAGAUGGCAUGCAGGCACUCUACAAGAUCAAGUCUUGCUCUACGACCCCUCCUGUGGAUCUGCUCACAGGCAAAGUUCGACAGUACUUCAUCGAAGCCCGUGAGAUUCGAUGGAACUAUGGACCCAUGGGGCAUGAUGGGAGUACUGGGAAGAGUUUGAGAGAGCCAGGCAGUGGUUCAGAUAAGUUCUUUCAGAAGAGCUCCAGCCGAAUUGGAGGAACUUACUGGAAAGUUCGGUAUGAAGCCUUCCAAGAUGAGACAUUCCAGGAGAAGGUGCAGACGGAAGAAGACGAGCACCUUGGAAUCCUGGGGCCAGUGAUCCGGGCUGAGGUGGGUGACACUAUCCAGGUGGUCUUCUACAACCGUGCCUCCAAACCAUUCAGCAUACAGCCCCAUGGAGUCUUUUAUGAGAAAGACUACGAGGGCACUGUUUACAAUGAUGGCUCAUCCCACCCUGGUUUGGUGGCCAAACCCUUUGAGAAAGUGACAUAUCGCUGGACAGUUCCCCCUCAUGCUGGUCCCACGGCUCAGGAUCCUGCCUGUCUUACCUGGAUGUACUUCUCCGCAGCGAAUCCCAUUAGAGAUACAAAUUCUGGCCUGGUGGGCCCCCUGCUGGUUUGCAAGGCUGGUGCCUUGGGUACAGAUGGCAAGCAGAAAGGGAUAGAUAAAGAAGUAUUUCUCCUCUUCACUGUGUUUGAUGAGAACAAGAGCUGGUACAGCGACACCAAUCAAGCAGCUGCUAUGUUGGAUUCCCGACUGGUCUCCGAAGAUGUCAAGGGCUUUGAAGACUCCAAUCAGAUGCAUGCUAUUAAUGGGUUUCUGUUCUCUAACCUGCCCAGGCUGGACAUGUGCAAGGGUGACACUGUGGCCUGGCACCUGCUCGGCCUGGGCACAGAGACUGACGUGCAUGGGGUCGUGUUCCAGGGCAACACUGUGCAGCUUCAGGGAAUGAGAAAGGGUGCAGCCAUGCUCUUUCCUCACACCUUUGUUAUGGCCAUCAUGCAGCCCGACAACACAGGAAUAUUUGAGAUUUACUGCCAGGCAGCCAACCAUCGAGAAUCAGGGAUGAUGGCAAUCUAUAAUGUCUCCCAGUGUCCUGGCCACCAAUCCAAGCCUCGCCAACGCUACCAAGCUGCAAGAAUCUACUACAUUAUGGCAGAGGAGGUGGAGUGGGAUUAUUGCCCUGACAGAAGCUGGGAACUGGAAUGGCACAACCAGUCUGAAAAUGAGAGUUAUGGUCACGUUUUCCUAAGCAACAAGGAUGGGCUCCUGGGUUCCAGAUACAAGAAAGCCGUAUUCAGAGAAUACACUGAUGGAACAUUCAGGGUCCCUCGGCCAAGGACUGGAACAGAAGAGCACUUGGGAAUCUUAGGUCCACUUAUCAGAGGAGAGGUUGGUGAUGUCCUGACUGUGGUGUUCAAGAAUAAUGCUAGCCGCCCCUAUUCUGUACACGCCCAUGGAGUGCUAGAAUCUAGUAGUGGCUGGCCACAAGCUGCUGAGCCUGGUGAAGUGCUCACUUACCAAUGGAGCAUUCCUGAGAGGUCUGGCCCUGGUCCCAAUGACUCUGCCUGUGUUUCCUGGAUCUAUUAUUCUGCAGUGGAUCCCAUAAAGGACAUGUACAGUGGCCUUGUGGGGCCUCUGGCCAUCUGCAGAAAAGGCAUCCUGGAACCCCAUGGAAGACGAAGUGACAUGGACCGGGAAUUUGCCUUGUUAUUUUUGAUCUUUGAUGAGAACCAGUCUUGGUAUCUGGAGGAGAAUGUGGCAAUCCAUGGGCCCCAGGAGCCAGAUCGUGUUAACCUACAGGAUGAGACUUUCUUGGAGAGCAAUAAAAUGCAUGCCAUCAAUGGGAAGCUCUAUGCCAACCUCAGAGGUCUCACCAUGUACCAGGGAGAGCAAGUGGCAUGGUACAUGCUAGCCAUGGGCCAAGAUAUUGACAUACACACUGUGCACUUCCAUGCUGAGAGUUUCCUUUAUCAGAAUGGAAAGAGCUACCGGGCAGAUGUGGUGGAUCUGUUCCCAGGCACCUUUGAAGUUGUGGAGAUGAUAGCCAGCAACCCUGGGACAUGGCUGCUACACUGCCAUGUGACUGACCAUGUCCAUGCUGGCAUGGAAACACUCUUCACUGUCUUGUCACAAAAAGAACACUUAAGCACUGUCAGUACCAUCAUGGAAGAGACUGAAAAAGCAUCGGUUUUCAGAGACACUGGAGAAGGCAAAGUGAGGAUGCUGGGCAUGGAGAUCCCCAUAAAGGAUGUUGAAAUGCUGUUUUCUGUUUUGAUUGCCGCGGGUUCCAUACUCCUGCUUAUUGCUCUGGCUCUUGGUGGUGUCGUCUGGUACCAGCAUCGGCAGAGAAAGCUGCGACGCAACAGGAGAUCUAUCCUGGAUGACAGCUUCAAACUUCUGUCUCUCAAGCAGUAACAGCUGGAGCCUGGAAAUAUGCUCAGGAUGCACAUCUGGAAUGCACUCCUAAGGAAGCCAUGGACUAGACGCUAGUCCCCCAUCAGAGGGAUAUGGGUGAUGAUGAAGCAGAGGAGAGAACCAAAAUCAUCUGGCUAUGUCUUCACUUAUUUAUUUACAUGGAAAUUAUAUACUUUCACUUUUUAUUUCAUUUCUUUGUCCCACUAGGGCACCUGGGAGUGUUUCCUAGCACCCUACAUCACAAAUUUCAACAGCUAGGUCAUGUGACCCCCGCAACACUCAGAAAAUCUUCAAAUUCUCAGAAACUGAUCCUUUUCUAAAAGCAGAUACCAAAGGAAAAACUCAUUGAUUAGCUUUCUGCUGCUCUCCAGAACCUAGGUAAAUUCACUUUGAACUGAAGUCAAGUGAGCUGUGAAGAUAACCAACAAAUAAACUAAGGACCAAGCACAUAGGCCUGAAGGGGAAAUAGAAGUAAGGUGGGAAUUUGGACUCCAAAUUGUGUUUUGAUUCUCCUUGGCAGUGAACUACUUUGGAGAAGGGAGUGAUUGGGUUGUUGCUGCCAUGAGUACCCACAAACUCUGGAGCCAGAAGCUCCUCAGUAAACCAGUCCUGCAAGUUCCUACAUAAUAACACUGAAGGGAGUGUUAAGUGGCCUGUCUGCAUUUUAGGCAACAAAUACUUUCCAUUAAAGUAGUUAUUAUAAACCAAAAGGCUGAAUUUGGUGAUUUUGAUGGUCCCUGCAGUUUCUGGAGGUGUGAAUGACUGCAUCACAAAACACUUGGAGUGUAAGAGGUCCUCUUAAGGGUCUGCCUAUCUUUGUGGAACCUAUAGAUUUGUGCUUUGGAUGCCAUCUCAGAAGUCUCAAAGGGUGCUAUCCUAGAAAAGGGGAUAUCUCAUAGGUGGUACAUUUUUCUGAAUGCCAAGGAGAAAAUCCAGAUGGAGGUAGAAGGCUGAGACUAGACUCCCACCUAUACACUGGGCAAGGAGAGGUGGGUAUAUAUCUGGUGGACCCUUUUAUGGCAGUUGGAAUAUGAGAGCUGUACUUGUCUGGGGGGCCUCUUUACAGGAGAAAGUGAUUUCCUCUAUAACUGCUGUAGUUUAUGGCAAUUUUCUUUUGUCAUGUGUGAAUUUGAGCCUCUGUGAAACCUUGUACAGAUGAGUACAGAUGAGUACAAUAAGGAUGAGGUAAGAUGGAUCACCCUACUACAGAAUCCAUAAUACUGUUCCGCAUGGUAAGUGGAAAAUUUAAGAGGCAUCAGGGAGAGUAAGAUGAUAACUUAAAUGCAUAGUGAUUUACACUUUACAAAGCAUUGUAGUUUUCAAUUGAAUUUGACUUGUUUCAGUUCUAGUAGGGUGCUAUUCUUUUUACAUUUGAGUAAACAAACACUCUUGAAGAUUAAGUGAUUUUAUCUAAGCCUAUUCACCUAGAAGUUGGGUAGGGAUUCAAGUAUUCAUCUUUGUUACCUUUUCCAUCCUCCUAUAUCUUGGAAACCUUCACUGAUCUCCAUCUUUCUCACUCCUAUUUUUUCCAAUUUCCCUGUCUUCACAGCAACCUGUUCAUCUUGUUAGCAAUCCUUGCAGAUCACCUGUGGAAACCCACAGUGCUGGUGUUCAUUGGCUAUAUAAAGUUGAAAUAUGGAUGGGAAACACAGGCAAAAAACCUCUAAUUCAUCUUAGUUUAAUGGUCAGUGGCUUUCUAGAUAGCUUUACUGGAAAUCUCAGAAAUGUAAGAGGGAGUGGAAAGGGUUAGAUUGCUUGUUAUCCAAGUGUCAGUAGAAUAUUUAAUCAAUUGAAGAAUCAAUGAACCUAGCAGCAGCAGAACACUUUUGGCCUGUAUUAAUGUGGAGGUUAAUGAAAACCAAGUACGUUCUGGAGACUUCAGUUAAUUAAUGGCUGUAAUUUGCAUGCAUCAGGAGACUGGGAAUGGUAAGUAGGAUAGGGCAUGUUUCGGAGUGUGUAAUCCUGCCCCAGGUCAAGGAAUGGAAGCUUAGAGCCUGUGUAUUUCAGAAAGAGAUCUAUUUUUGUGGUGUGUUUGCUCCAAGUAGGAACAUAAGGAAUUACUUUUGAUAGUUAAGUGAUACUACCAUCUAUUCAAUUGCUCAUGCCGGAAAUUCUCAGCAUCAACAGUCAAUGAAUCUCUUUUGUCUCCAAGAUAUCUUUAAUUAAUUCAUUUGUUUGCCAUCUCCUUUUCAACCACUCCAGUUUAAAACACAACCAGCGGUUAUCUGAUUUACUCUAGUAGUAAUGUUCUGCUUACUUUCCUCACAUCCCUAUAUUCACCUUCAAUAGAUUCUACAUAAUCAAUUGCAAGGGGCUACCAAAGUGAUGCUUUCAAAAUAUAAAUUAAACUUCUAAUUCAGACAAGAUGUAAUAGACUUUUUAUUUACUUAUUUGAGGGUAGAGUUACAGAUAGAGAGGGAAAGACAGAGAGAGAGGUUUUCCAUCCUCUGGAUCACUACCCAAAUGACCACAACUGCCAGAGCUGAAAUGAUCUGAAGCCAGGAGCCAGGAGCUUCUUCUGGGUCUCCCAAGUGGGUGCAGGGGCCCAAGGACUUGGAACAUCUUCCAUUGCUUUCCCGGGCCGUUAGCAGAGAGCUGGAUCAGAAUGGAGUAGCUGGGACUCGAACCAGCGCCCAUAAGGGAUGUCACACUGCAGGCAGAGGCUUAACCUACUAUACCACAGCACUGGCCCCCUAAAGAUUUGUCUCUUUCUAAAGAUUAAUAAACCUCGGGAAUAAUUAAUGAUGCAACAAUACAACAGAACUUCAAAAAGUUUGUGGAAAAAUAUUUUAAAAAUAAGUUUGUUUUGAUAUAAUUUUUAAAAAUGCAUAAUUUGUUCAUAUUGCACAUUUCCCAUGAAAAUUUCUAUGUAAGCAGUUUCUCUUUUUCUUUUCUUUUAAAUGUUUUAUUAAAAGUUUAAGAGACAUACAAAAUUCUGCAUAUUUAGAGGGUACUAUGUGAUGUUACAUGUAUACAUUGUGUAAUGUCCGGAGUAAAUAUAUUUAUCCUUUUAAACAUUAAACUUUCCUUUAUAGUGAAACCACCCAUAAUGAUAUUUCCAGUUUUUUAAAUAAAAAAUACACAGUACAUUAA